AACCACAGAACUCUUACAAAAUCCAUUAUAAUCCUAUAAAAUAACUCCGGAGUAUCGUAUAAUUAAGAAAAUGCCCCUCUUUACAAAAUUACACAGUAACAACCAGUUUAAUCUAUAAUUAUUGGUGCACUAAGGCUUCUAUUAGGCCCCAGACCCGAUUUUCUUUGUUAAAAAUUCAGUAUUUUCCUUUCUUGGUCCGAUUUUCCACCAGAGAAACCUCAAUAAUGCUUGGAAAAAGACUUCAAGUAUUUACUAUAGGAAUUUUCUUUAUUUUUACUGAAAAUCUAUAUGCAAAUAUUUCGAAAAAUACCGAAAUAUCUUUAUUUCUAAAAGACUUUUUAAAGCAACAUGUUCGAUCUGAUAAGCUUGCCACUUACACUUGCUGGGGUAAAGAAACUGAGAUUUCGUUCAAGAAAACUCUUCAGGAUGAGAUCUUGCACUCCAGUGUUUCUGAAAAAAGUUUGGAUAAGUUGAUUUAUUCAGAUAAUAUUUUUUUGGAUGCGUCUUGUACUAAAACUCAACUAAUAUUGCAAAAGAUAGAAGAAUUAAAUUUGUUUACACCAUCACAAUACUGGAUGAUUCUAAAAACUGGCUCGGACUUGGACGACUUUUUGCAAAACAUUUAUUUUCCAAUAACCAGCAAUGUGUACUUUUUGGAUCAAAACUAUUAUGGGUUUUCAAUCAAAAAAGUGUACAGUCCAUCAAGUAAAAUCCAAUAUCUAAACCAAUCUUUUGUUGGAUAUUGGACAUUGGACAAUGGAUAUGUAGAAAUAAUUGGAAAAUUUGAUCAGAAUAAAGAUAGAAAAUUUAUAGACACUGAUAUAACUGUAUCUUACGUUGUUGAAGAUCAGGAAACUUUGACUCAUUUGGAUGACUAUAGGUAUAAAAUUCUAAUAGAUUCUGUAACAAAAUAUAACUACGCUGUUCUACAACACCUGUACUAUCUCCUGAACGCUUCUAAAGUUGAAUUGUUUAGGGACACCCUGUAUAGUAAAGAUAUCGAUGGUAAACACGUGAUCGGUAUGGUAGAAGAUCUCAAGAGUGGAAUAUGUGAAAUUGGAGGCAAUCCUAUUGAAUUUUUAUCAAACACAGUGGAUGAAUUUGAUUUUGUGGCUCACACGAGAAAAAUGGAGAAAAAAUUCAUAUUUAGAGCAACUCCGCAUUCAUAUAUAAGCAACGUUUUCACACUACCAUUUGAUACAUACGUCUGGUACAGUUGUUUUGGUCUCAUGGUAGCUAUUUUCCUUGUAGCUUACUUGGUAGUGUAUUGGGAAUGGAAGGACCCAGUUUUCAGGAAGUAUUUAAUACCCAGAUUUGCUUUGAGACCUGAUCCGGUUGACAUAUUUCUGAUGGAGGUCGGCUCAGCAGCUCAGCAAGGGUUCGAAUCUGAGCCUAGAAGCAACGCUGGUAGAAUUGUUUUUAUCUUCACGUUGAUUUCUUUGAUGUUCUUGUACACUUCUUUUUCUGCCAACAUUGUGGCUUUGCUACAAUCAACGACAGAAAGACUGAACACCUUGGAACAUCUUCUAGAUUCAAGAAUUCCCGUCGGUUUUGAACAGAACGUAUCUAUGAAGUAUUUCGAGGACAUCAAUUUUGACAAGAAAACCAAAGAUUUCUACAACAAAAUCUACAAGCCCGUGUUUUAUGGCAUUGAAGAGGGUGUUAAAAAAAUCAAGGAGGAAUUUUUUGGGUUCUACGCUGACACUACUAGCGUUUACAAGUACAUUAGCGACUCUUUUCUGGAAAAUGAAAAAUGUGGAUUGAGGGAAAUUCCUUUCAAGAAUAGCUAUGUAGAUUACUGGUUGGUUGCCAGGAAAAAUACAAGUUUGAUUGAUCUGUAUCGCAGUGGAAUGCAGAAAAUCCACGAAGUGGGCUUGCGCAGUCGCGAACACCACAGAAUCUUCACCGGCAAACCGAAAUGUGAUAGCGAGGGCGGGAAUUUUGAAAGUGUCGGAUUGGCUGACAGUUAUGGAGCUUUUUUGUUUAUGGGUGUUGGUAUAGGUUUGAGCUUAUUCCUAUUUCUCAUUGAACUGGCUUGGCAGAAGUAUUUCAAAAUGAAAAGAGAAGAAAUACUGAAUUUUAUCGAUGACGAAGAAGGCAGAGAGAGUUAUAGAGAAGAAGAUGAAUUAGAAGAUGGUCCAAAUGAACAGCAACAGCACUUUGAUUUUGCUAUUUAAAAAAUGAAUGCAUUUAGAAUUUAAAUCACUAGAUAGUUUUUAGUUUAAUAAAAGAAAUAUUUAAUGUAAUUGAUGUAAUAGUUAUUAUAGGUAUUGUUUUUUUUAACUUAAUAUAAUUUGUAGAAUCUUUUAUUUGUUUUGUUUUUUAAUUCCAUAAGCAUUGCUGACGUCUUCUAACAAAAUAAUAAA